AUGAAUAUAAAUCUUACUAAUGAUGACUACCCGCCGGUGAUUUAUAAAUUAUCUGACAAGUUUUGGAAGAUUUUAAUUAUCACUUCACAUUUCCUUUAUUAUACUGCAGAUGAUGCAUCAUUUAAUCCCAUGAAAAGAAUAAGAAAUAUCAUGCCUAACGAUGCGAUGUUAACCUAUUGA